AUGCGCGCCCAUGUCGUGUCCUCUGCCUGCUUCCUGUUGCUCCUCGAGCUCUUCUCCAGCGGCGCCGGCUCCAGCGUCACAGACAGCAAUAAACUCUAUAUGUACACUGACCUGAUUGUGACUGGUGGCUACAAUGCCCGGAACGUACCAAGCGCCGACUACUCACUGCCCUUGCCGGUCACUGUGGAGCUGAAGUUGCUCUCUAUCAACGAACUUGAUGACGUAGGAGAAACGUUCCGUGUAACCGGAUAUUUGUCAGUAGUAUGGACCGACACAUCUCUGAUCUGGGAUUCAGCCGAUUACAAUGGACUUAGCUCCGCGCAGUGGCCCCAAAAAGAUGUGUGGCACCCCGACAUCACCCUUUCCAACUCAUACUUGGAUUACCAACAAGUUGGUGACGACAAACUGCUACUGCUAAUUCUUAAUAACGGAGAGAUUAGUUGGUAUCCCUUUCAGGUGUUCCAUUCAACAUGUUCGCUCGAUAUUACUGACUUUCCAUUCGAUGAGCAAAGUUGUGAGCUGCAAUUUAAAGCAUGGAGCUACUAUAUGGAAGAUUUAAACAUGACUAGUGAUGGUGUGAAUCUUGGAGAUUACGAGGCCAGUUCCAGUUGGGAUAUUGUAGACACUUUGGGGUACACGGAUGCGAAUCAGGCAGAACCCAAUGUCAGAUUCAGAAUAACAAUGAAAAGGAAACCCCUGUUUAUUAUCGUGACGGUAGUAUUCCCCAUCCUUGCCUGUGCACUCUUGAACAUCUGUGUGUUUAUACUUCCGGUCGAGAGCGGUGAGCGAGCUGGCUACUCAGUCACAAUUUUCCUCGCUCUGGCUGUCUUUCUCACCAUCAUUUCUACGACUCUCCCAGCUAAUUCAGAGAAAAUAGCAAUUUUCUCUGUGUACCUGAUAAUAACCACAGUGGCCAGUACGGUGACAACCAUCAUUGCACUUUUUACUAUCAGGAUCAGCAUCUUUCAGAACCCGAUCCCACAACGGCUCAACAAAGCAAUGAACUUCAUAAUCUGCAAAACGAAAACGAACCGAAAAGUGUCCACAGUCGAACCAAUUGAUACUGAGGCUGGGCAAAGCGAUUUAUCAACGAACUUUGCUUCAUACAGGCUUAAAGACUACACAUGGAACGACGUCAUCAGGUUCAUUGACGUGGGCUGCAUAGUCUUCUUCUCUACUGUCAUAGUUCUAUCAACUGUCAUAUGUUUGACCAUAGCCGCCAAAGGAUAGUUAUACUCAAGGAUAUUUCAUUAGUUUUUAUUCAGUACGGACGUUAUAAAACGAGUUUCCUGCAAUGAAAAACGAUCAUUUUUAUACCUGACAACGAAUAAAUACUGAUUAAGCUGAAUAGCGUGCUUAUUAAAAACGCUUUUCAUUUAUAAUGUCAAGUGUAAUGUUAUCACACUGCUAUCAUGCUGUCCAGUGAAAUAUGGAGUUUUAUCACGGUAUAUUUACACCUCA